AUGGUUUCUCCCUGGGAUGCUAGACACAAACCACUCAACAUCGAUGUCGUCGCCACUGGCGAUCACGACUUCAACUUAAGCUUCCAGCGUUCUGAGAUAUACAAGAGCUCACUCGCCGAUACCGUCAAUCCGCCGUAUGACCGCUAUGUUUUCCUCUGCUUCAAGAGCCCCAAUUUUUGGCCUUCUUGCGUCAAGGAAUUUGACUCUGACUCUGACUAUGAUUUGCUUCCCAAGCUUUUCUCCUCGACUAUCAUGUCUCGCAAGAACAACAUCAAUGUCAAGAUCCUCUCGCAACCUCGACUCUCAACCCUCGACUCUCGAGGUCUUUCGGCGACCUCGCGCUUUCCGACCACUUCUCCAUCUCUGAUGUCCUUAUUCUUAUUCCGGCUACAUGGUAAUAUCACUGCUGUUUGGCUCGCUAGGCUUGUGGAUGGUUUAGACAGGGAUGGUAUUGUUCGUAUCCAUACCUAUCGGGAUUUGAAAUUUGUUCAGUAUGGAUUCGUUUCAAAGGACUUACCUGCGUGUGCUCCAAGUGUUCGAAAGAAUGACACAAAGGAGCUCGUGAUUCACAUCACUACGGCUUACAAGAUCAGAUUUGAUCGAACUGGGAGGAUGUUGUUUGUGCGUUUGUUCGCAUCAUCUUGA